AUGCUAGAUAUUAGAAAUGUUGUAUUUCGAUACGUUUUUGGUUUUAUAAAUGAAACUGAAUUAUUAUUACCAGUUCAUGUUGACUAUUUCAUGAAAAAUCAAAUGUUUUACUACAUCGGGCUUACAAUCGAAUACGUAAUUAUAGUAAUUGUAUGCACAAUAGGAAUUGCUAACUAUACCAUGUUUAUAGCAAUUGUACAACAUGCUUGUGCACUUUUUACCAUUGUCCAAUGGAGGAUAAAAGAAAGAUUUGAAAAAAGUCCAUCUAAUUCCUAUUAUGCCAAUGUUAAAAGUGAAUUAUUAGAUGACAAGGAAUGGAUUAUCGCUAUCAUAAAAUUUUAUAAACACGCGAUCGAGUUUGUAUUUGUCUAUUUAUUAAAAUCAUUUUACGAAUUCAUACAUCUUUUCGAAGAAUUAUUGUGGUUCAUAUUUAUACUGGUUGAUUAUUUUUACUUAUUUCAGAUAUUUAAUUUGACCUUUAAUAGGACUGAAGCAAUUCUGAAGCUCCUGUAUGUUAUUAGUUCUCUUUUCGUAAUAUUUGUUUACUCCUAUCUUUCACAACAACUAAUAGACCACAACUUUAACGUAUUUAUAAUAUUAUGCCAAAUUCCAUUUUAUUCUUUAUCAUUGAGAACACAAAAAUUGUUACCUCUUUUGAUAAUGAAUAGCAUGAGACAAUGUAGUUUAUCGCUGACGAGUGCGAUAGUGAUAUCCCAUAAUCUAUUUGCAAUGUCAAUAAAAAAAUCAUUUUCUUUCGCUGCGGUGUUGUUUAAUUUGCGAUGAAUUUAAUCGAGGAG